UCAGAACUAUCCAUUAACAAAGAUCAUAGAAACAUGAAGUUUCUCUUCCAAAACCUUCUUUCUCAUCUUUCUUUAGUCAUUCUUUGGUCUUUUGCCAUUGUUACUCAACAAACCAGCCUUGUGUUGAGUCUUCCAAACAAUGAAACUGUGCCAGCAGUUAUUGUGUUUGGAGAUUCUAUAGUAGACACAGGUAACAACAACUUCCUCAACACCAUUUUCAAAUGCAAUUUCCAACCAUAUGGUAAAGAUUUUGGUGGAGGGAAUCAACCAACAGGAAGGUUCAGUAAUGGUAUAAUCCCAUCAGAUAUCAUUGCUGCAAAAUUUGGAGUAAAAAAGAUUUUGCCACCUUAUCUUGAUCCAAAACUGCAACCUCAAGAUCUCCUCACUGGUGUAAGCUUUGCAUCUGGUGGUUCUGGAUAUGAUCCUCUAACUUCUAAAUCAGCAUCUGUGCUAUCACUGACAGAUCAAUUGAACAAGUUUAGGGAAUACAGGAGCAAGAUAGAGAAAAUAGUUGGAGAAAAUAGAACAGCAACAAUAGUAUCAAAAGGCAUAUACAUAUUGUGCACAGGAAGUAAUGACAUUGCCAAUACUUACUCCUUCUCUCCAAUUAGGCGACCACAUUUUGACAUUCCUGCAUACACAGACUUAAUGACUUCACAAGCAACAAACUUCUUGCAGGAACUUUAUGGACUUGGAGCUAGAAGGAUUGGAGUGAUUGGUUUACCAGCUCUAGGGUGCGUGCCCUCGCAGAGAACAAUCAAAGGAGGCUUACUCAGAAAUUGUUCAGAUUCUGAGAACCAAGCAACAAUGCUCUUCAACACAAAACUCUCAUCGCAAAUAGAUGCAUUGAAUCAAAAGUUUUCAGAAGCUAGACUUGUCUAUCUUGAUAUUUACAACCCUUUACUCAAAAUGAUUCUAAAUCCUGCUAAAUAUGGUUUCGAAGUAGCAAACAAAGGAUGCUGUGGCACAGGAAAUUUUGAAGCAGGCAUACUUUGCAACAGUUUAACCCCACACAUAUGUUCAAAUACCAAAAACUACAUUUUUUGGGAUAGUUUCCAUCCUACCCAAGAGGCAUAUAAUGUGCUCUGUUCUCUGGUGUUGGAUAACAAAAUCAAUGACUUCUUCUAA